GGGGGUGUCCGGGGCGCCGGGGCCGUGGGUGGCCCUGGGGCUCCCUCCGGCCUGCGAGGGGCCGCUGCCCGCCGGCGCUGCCUCCCCACAGCUCGGGGCAGAUGGGCCGCGGGCACCCGCGGCUCGGCCAGUCCUGUCUGUGUGCAGACACUCCUUGGCCUUGUCUCCUGAACACCUGGGGCUGGCUUGGGGUCCUUGUGACUGGACACCAUGCCUCUUCCAGAAACCAUGUUCUGUGCUCAGCAGAUCAAAAUCCCCCCGGAGCUACCUGAUAUUCUGAAGCAAUUUACUAAAGCUGCUAUUAGGACUCAGCCUUUUGAUGUUUUGCAGUGGGCAGCUGCGUAUUUUUCAGCCUUGUCUAAAGGUGAACCCCUUCCUGUGAAGGAGAGGCUCGAAAUGCCAUUAGCAACAGUGAAAAAAAAUGCUGGUUUGACUCCAGGACUUCUUAAGGUCUUGCACAAACAGCUUUCUUCCAAAGGCAUGGUGACCAUUGCAGAACUGAGGGAAAAAUGGAAGCACUUGGGCUUGCCAGAGGAGCAGCUGGAAGCUAUCCUGCAAUUGGACAGUUUUGGCGAGAAGGUGGAAUGGAUGAAGUUUCUGGCACUUGGGUGCAGCGUGCUUGGUGGGUCCUUACUGAGUUCAAUGAAACAGGCCUGCGAGAUCCUAACACGAGACGCAGAAGGAGGAGCAGCUCGAAUUCCCUUCGAAACAUUCUCGUUCCUUUAUUCGUAUUUGGCUAGUAUUGAUGGAGAGAUAUCACAGACAGAAACUAAAGCAUUCCUCCAUGGAAUAAAAGAACAAGCGGACAAACACUCUGGCAUGGUGCUGAUCAGACACUUCCUGCCACACACCUUCAUAUUUUAUUGAUGAACCCUACUCUUCAGCAUGAGGUGAGAGGAAAAACAAAAGAAGGAAUAAAUAAGUUCAACAGAAUAAUUUGUGUUCAAAGUACUAUCAUUUGCACAUUUCAGAACAACAUGAUCCUCUUCUCUGGCAUUUCCUUUUCUUUGUCCUGCUCUUAAGAUGGCCCAUCAGGGGAUGUUCAUUGAAUAAUACAUGGCUAUAUUGUUCUCCAGCCUCUCAGAUACUGACGGCCAGCCCUAGGGAGCGACCCCUUCACUCAUCUGCUUAUAUUGAAUUGAGCAAAAGUUGUUACUGAGCUUCCUAUCUACAUCUGAAAACAUUCAGUAAAACAUGAAAUUCAGUUAAGCCAGGGCAGCUGUAAACCAGAGCAUUUCUCAUUAUGCUUCUGGUAGCUCUGACUUCAUUUUGACUCUGGCACAAAUACAGCUGGUGCUUGGACUACCUUGUCUGCCUGGCAAUGCUCUAUUUAAACAGUCUUAGCAAACCCUACUGAAAGAACUUAAUGAGAACCCUGUGGCUGAGCUGGUAGACAAAAUGAGUGCAAAGACUGCGGUGGUUCCAUAUUGUUCUCCCGCUAAUUAGAACCCUUUCAGAACUUAAGUAUCUUUUUUUCAUUUUUGGAUAAACUUGUCUAAAUAAAGACGUUUCAAAAUA